CGUAAUUUCCGCACGGUGUGUUUUGACUCAGGUUUAUUUGCAAAUGUUUUUCAGUUCUACUUUUACCUGCAAAUGCAAUAUUAAGAAAUAUUGGUAAGAAACUAACACAUAUUACAGUUUCUCGUCUCAGUUCUUCGGCAGUUCGCUGAUAUGAAUAUAUUACUCAUUACAACGUCUGUGCGGCAAGCAUUAGGCGCAAAAGAACAUCUUGUUUUAAACAAUUCUAAAAGAUGCCUUUCUGUAACCUCUACCAGCAACAAAAACUUUUUCAUGCCCAAAGUCGCACCAAGAACGGAUUCCCAAUCAAGUCUUUUAACGAAAAAAGAUGCAAAUCAUUUAUACAAGUUGCAAUUUCAUAAAGUGAAACCAGAAGCACUGACAGCAUACAAACAACUAUGUGCUGAAAACUUGCCGAAACUUUCUUCAAACAAAGAUUACCCUGUUGAGUGUGUGGGAAGCUGGUCAUGUUGGUAUGGUGACCAGGAUCAAGUUGUUCACUUAUGGAGAUAUACUGAUGGUUUCCCUUCCAUCGGACAAGCCAACUCUAAGUUAGGAAAGGAGGAUUGGUAUCAGAACAUGAGGACAGAGAGAAGCAAGAUGCUUCAUUCAAGAAGUAAUCAACUACUUUAUGAAUUCUCAUUUUGGAAUGAAGUUUUACCAAGAGAAGGACCCAAUAUAUAUGAAUUACGUACUUAUCAUUUAAAGCCUGGCACCAUGAUUGAGUGGGCAAACAACUGGGCACGUGGUAUCAGAGCAAGACAAGAGAAUAGUGAAGCUGUGGGCGGUUUCUUCUCAGAGAUUGGUGAUCUUAAUGUAGUGCACCAUUUAUGGGCGUAUGAGGACCUUCAUCAUAGGAAAAACACAAGGCAAGCUGCAUGGCAAAAGUCUGGCUGGGAUAACACAGUGUACUACACAGUUCCAUUAAUUCGUGAAAUGAAGAGCAUGAUCAUGAUCCCACUCUCUUAUUCUCCUCUUAAAUGAGGACACAUUUGAUGAUCUUCCUAUCUCCUUGGUGCCACGACAAUUUCCCUUGUCUUAAAAGUCUUUAAUUUAUCAGUCAGUUUGCUUAGCUAGACACCAGCUUCUGGCAUAGUUUCUGGCAUAUCUAAUACCAACAGCAAAGUUUUUUUUCUUCUACUUAUUGCUUGCUUGAUAUAAUUGGGUAGAGGGAAACGGCUGAUACAGCAAACAAAACAAAUUAUGAUAUAAGAAUUCGAAUUUGAAUUUUUUUUCCGUACUGUGGUACUAUUGGCUUUUUUGCCAAAUCUCACGCGAUAAACUGAUAGGUUUGUAUUUUUUUCAUAAGUUCCUAGCACGCCCAUCAUGUAUUGUACAGAAUAACGUAUACGCGUCAGUUGUUCUUGCACGAAUUAUAAGAAUAUUUGUUAAGUUAAUGCAAUGUGUGAAGCUCUGAUCAGCUAUUUAAGAAAUUCCAACCAAAUUUAGUUUGAAGUAUAACGUUUAACGUUUGCUGUUGUACAGCGAUGCUUCAAUAGCUUUUUGUCAUGUAGCCUAAUUGCAAAGAAUAGUUCAUGCUAGCGGGUAACCGUUUGCGCACUUUUUUGCGUUUAAAUCCGCAUAUUUUUUGUGUUUAAACCUUUUUUGAUGAAAAUUUUCGAUCCAGUCUAAUAGAAAGUAUGGCAGUGCU